GGACCCAAUUUGCUGUGAACAGGAGGAAUCAUGGCGUUCAACUUUGGCGGCGCUGCCACCAACCCCGCAAGUAAGGAGAUAUUUCCAUCUAGUAAUAUCGAAUUUAUUAGAAAACACUUUAUUUUACUAUCAUUAGCGGAGAUUGCGCUGGACCGAUGGAUAUGAUUUCAUUUAAUUUACGUGCGCUACAGCUAACGAAACCACAAAAUUAAAAAAAGGCGGCCUGGACUGCAGGUCUAGCCAGCUAGCUAACUAGAAUGUUCAUACACUAGUUAGCUAGUCAGGUUGUAUUAACUAUUCUCACAUAAAUGGAGAAUAAUCGAUUUAAGUCAGAUAGCUUGCUAUUUAAACUGCCAGUUGUAAGUUUUCAAAUAUAGCUAACUAGCAAAGCUAACUACACUAGCUACCUAGUCGUCAGCAACAUUCUGUUGAAUCCCUUAUGUUGCGGACGAAGCUAGUGUAGGGACGUCAAACAUUCAGCCUUCUGCACAGACGCUUUAGUCUAGAGCGCCUGGUUAAAUUGUGUUUAGGAUACUUAUUUAAUCUCUAAAAACGAGUGAAGAAUAUAGCUAUGUGAUUUAAAAAAUCUGAGUUUGCUUCAUUUACUAUUACCCUAAAUUAAGAUAUUGAAUUAUUUUACCAUAUCUAUAUUACGCUACUUUCCAUGAUGUUGAGAUUAUGUGUUACUACAUUACACAAACUGACGUUUUGACCUCAUUGAAUUAGGGGGAAUUACACGUCCUUUUUACCUCGGAUUGGUGAUGUUAGUAUGAACGUCUUUAGUCAACACAAUGACCCUAUCAAUUGCUUAAAACAGAUCAAUAUCUUUGGUUUUGUAUGUUGAUUUUGUCAUGUGCUGGGGUUUGCAGGACUUUCUCCAAUGGCACGCAUAAAUUUAGCCUCGUCCCGCAACUAGACAUUUAAAUUACCAUUUAUAUUAACAAUUUUGACUUUUAAUGUUACAGAUGGCUAGUUGCAGAAAGAUCCCUAGCUGUAAACUAUUUGGAUUCACAUUUUUUAUUUUAUUUUACGUCAGAGGCAUUUCCAUCAUCUCUAGGAACACUACUUACCCAUCGUCGGGUUGAUUGUGUCCCUCGCUGUCAAAUAAGUGUUAAAAACACGUUUUAUAUCCAGGGUGUUCCAUUCCUACGAUUAGUAUUCACAUUUUCCACCGGAAACACUCUUCUACAUCUAGUGGCUGCAAAAAGAGAGACCCCGUAGAACGGUCUCAGUUCUGCCACCGAUGGUCGACAAAAAACUGUCAAUGUACUGCUUGAAGGCAUGCGACACAGACACACUGUCCCUAAAAAAAAAGUGUUUUUCAUUCAAUGAUGUCAUAGGCCAGUACAAUUUAGAGGCUAGUGUUUUUCCAUCACUUAACGAAAAACCAUGGAGGACAUAGACACCAUAUUAGACGGCCUUGCGAAACAUCCACUUAAAGAAGGGCAGAGGAGAGCAUUAAAGACCCUCGCAUUAGGGAGAAAUGUCUUUGCUGUUCUCCGUACAGGAUUUGGCAAACGUGCCUGCUUUGGACUGUUUGGAGAUUUGAUGGACAAGGUAAACUGAAUCACUUUUGAGAAUUCCUUAAUGUCAGGAAUAUAAAAUACCAAUUAAUUUAGUGUUAACCUACAUCUAUUUAAAACAUGUAUUACACCGUCUACUAAUAAAGUAGAGUACAGUUUAAAUACUAUUUUUAAUGCCAAUGUAGUAGCAGAUUUAGUUGGAUUUAGUUUUGUUUUUAUAUAAUAAUGCAUGUCUAAUACAUUUGUAUUGAUUUUAAUAUCUGAUUAACUCAUGCAAUUACGUCUUCAUCCAGGAAAAAAACAUUUUGUGAUUGUCGUAAUUCCCUUGAAAGCACUGACAACGGAAACCAAAGUAUGUUGUAUAAAAUAAAUACAUAUUAAGAUGUUAAACACAAACAAUUUAUAUUACAGGACUCUCUCAUACUAUUAUUUUCCUCCAGAUAUCCUUGAUGGAGAGGUCACUCUUGUCUACAUGUCCCCAGAAAGCAUGUUCCUGCUGACAUGGUGGUACUGGUUUAAAUCUAUAAAGGAGAGAAUGUAUUUUAGCAAUGCAUGAAGUCCAUUGUAUGAUCACAUGGUAUGUAUGCAAUGAUUACAAUUAUUUAUUCUAUUCACAAAACAAUUUUGCUAGAGCAAACCCUCACUCAGCCCUUUCAAACUCUGUGUGAUUCCUCCUGACCAGAGUGUACAGUAGGGGGUUGUAAACUCGCCACUUCAAAUUUCUUGCACUUGUCAAACUGAAUAAUGUUAGGGGCCCUCUGAGUGUGCAAAUCACACACUCCCAGUAACUUCAAGAGUGAGCGGGAUUCAAACAAUAGUGAUUUAAACUACAUAGGCUUAGAAACAGACUUAACACAUUUUCUUCUCGUCUACAUUUAAAGGGGAUCAACAUUCGGAGAAGUAUACAGCUAGGUUCCACACAUUCUCUGCAUCCUGACUGCACCAGUGUUGCUGUUGAUAGCAACAGAAUAACUAGUUUCAGAUGUAUUACACUACACAGACUGCAUAUGAUGAGAAUCUGUGGAAAUGAUCACUGAACUACCCAACCGGUAAUACCAUACGUCUCUCUGCAGUACAAUAGUAUUCAAGAAAAAGCAGUUUUAUGAGUAUAGAUUCCAUGCACACAAAUUUGGUAUUGCAUGACGUUGGUUUCAUUUCCUAAUUCCACAGGCCAAACAUUCAUAUCUCAAUCAAUAAGUGUAAUAAUAAUAUGCCAUUUAGCAGACACUUUUAUCCAAAGCGACUUACAGUAAAUAUGUCUAAAUAGUGUUAGUCACUAUACUUUUAUUUUAAUAUGUUUACAACGCUGUAGAUUAAUUCUUUUUUGAAAAUAUUUAUUUCAUGUGUGCAUGACUAUCACAUCUGUAACCAGAGUUUACGGCAAGCUGAUGAAAGAACUGGGAGAUGGGGCUUGGAUCGAUAAUAAUUGCAUACAGGAGAACAAGCUUGUCGACAUGCACCACAUCCAUACGGACGCACGCACUCAGCAGAUGAUGGUGUCUACAUUUGCCAGGCAAGACUGCACCAUCCGCUGUUUUAUUGCUACAGUGGCUUUUGGACUUGUCGUACAGGUUUAAGGAAAGUGAUGCGCUGGGGGCCAUCCAAAGACCUUAUGAAUUAGAGAUGGGCAACCGGGAAAGGCCUCAAUGUACAUCUACCCCUACUCGGUCCAAACAAAACAGAUACAGAAGAACAUGAUAGACCUGAUCAACAACGCUUCGCAGGACAUCUAUUUGAGGAAGACGAUACGGCAGUAUUUUUUUCUGUCAGACAUGGGGAGAGAAGCGUUAGUAUCAGCAUAUGACUAACCGUAUUGUUGCUGUGUGUGAUGCCAGAGGUCAGUAAUAUUUUGCUCAGUUCGUUUUGGGGUAUCGUUACUGUUAUUCAUUUAGGAAAUUAAAGAGGCAGUUAUGACUGUUUUAUCCUGCUGUAUUAAGGUCACGCCAGUGGUCCGUCUCACCUCCAAGGCUCCUCGUCAUCUAGCAAAUUUUCUGUGGAUUCCUGAUACUUCUUGUGAUGUUGAACUUGUUAUUUUCGUGUUCUAACGAUAACUUCAUUCUAUUUUGCAGUGCACACACUUGUGGAGAUGGUAGGAUGAUGAAAGGAGGAACGUCCACAGCCAUUUAGGCCACCGUCGAAGAUGACGGAAGUUCACCUUGCUGUAAUGGGCAAAUCUAAGUGCCAACAGGAGGAACUUGUUUCAAUGCUCCUGACUGAUGUGUAUGUGCUUCAUCUGGAAAUGCAUGUUGCUGAUUGUUACGAAGAGAAUGCAUACAUGUUGAUAUCUACAAAGUCUUGUGGCUGUAGUUUAAUCCUCAGUUAACAAUAAAUGGAUUGGUUAGUAUGAAAUUACAUUAAAAGCUGUAUUUACUGUUUAAUGUCCAUUCAUUAUGUGUAAUGGAUUAAUAGUGACUAUUGACAGUGAAACAUUUAGGUCUGUCACCCGACAAUUUUUUAAAAUUGGUGACCGAAAGUCGUCUGUUCGAUUGCUCUAAAUUUUUAAACGUGUAUUCUUCCAAAUACAGACACACCCUACAGUGGGGGGAAAAAGUAUUUAGUCAGCCACUAAUUGUGCAAGUUCUCCCACUUAAAAAGAUGAGAGAGGCCUGUAAUUUUCAUCAUAGGUACACGUCAACUAUGACAGACAAAAUGAGGAAAAUAAAUCCAGAAAAUCACAUUGUAGGAUUUUUUAUGAAUUUAUUUGCAAAUUAUGGUGGAAAAUAAGUAUUUGGUCAAUAACAAAAGUUUUUCAAUACUUUGUUAUAUACCCUUUGUUGGCAAUGACACAGGUGAAAUGUUUUCUGUAAGUCUUCACAAGGUUUUCACACACUGUUGCUGGUAUUUUGGCCCAUUCCUCCAUGCAGAUCUCCUCUAGAGCAGUGAUGUUUUGGGGCUGUCGCUGGGCAACACGGACUUUCAACUCCCUCCAAAGAUUUUCUAUGGGGUUGAGAUCUGGAGACUGGCUAGGCCACUCCAGGACCUUGAAAUGCUUCUUACGAAGCCACUCCUUCGUUGCCCGGGCGGUGUGUUUGGGAUCAUUGUCAUGCUGAAAGACCCAGCCACGUUUCAUCUUCAAUGCCCUUGCUGAUGGAAGGAGGUUUUCACUCAAAAUCUCACGAUGCAUGGCCCCAUUCAUUCUUUCCUUUACACGGAUCAGUCGUCCUGGUCCCUUUGCAGAAAAACAGCCCCAAAGUAUGAUGUUUCCACCCCCAUGCUUCACAGUAGGUAUGGUGUUCUUUGGAUGCAACUCAGCAUUCUUUGUCCUCCAAACACGACGAGUUGAGUUUUUACCAAAAAGUUAUAUUUUGGUUUCAUCUGACCAUAUGACAUUCUCCCAAUCCUCUUCUGGAUCAUCCAAAUGCACUCUAGCAAACUUCAGACAGGCCUGGACAUGUACUGGCUUAAGCAGGGGGACACGUCUGGCACUGCAGGAUUUGAGUCCCUGGCGGCGUAGUGUGUUACUGAUGGUAGGCUUUGUUACUUUGGUCCCAGCUCUCUGCAGGUCAUUCACUAGGUCCCCCCGUGUGGUUCUGGGAUUUUUGCUCACCGUUCUUGUGAUCAUUUUGACCCCACGGGGUGAGAUCUUGCGUGGAGCCCCAGAUCGAGGGAGAUUAUCAGUGGUCUUGUAUGUCUUCCAUUUCCUAAUAAUUGCUCCCACAGUUGAUUUUCUUCAAACCAAGCUGCUUACCUAUUGCAGAUUCAGUCUUCCCAGCCUGGUGCAGGUCUACAAUUUUGUUUCUGGUGUCCUUUGACAGCUCUUUGGUCUUGGCCAUAGUGGAGUUUGGAGUGUGACUGUUUGAGGUUGUGGACAGGUGUCUUUUAUACUGAUAAGUUCAAACAGGUGCCAUUAAUACAGAUGCCAAUUUACCUUACCAUUUCUACCGAUCUGCGUGCCAGAUAUGGUUUUCAUAUGCACAUUUUUGUAAAAGUUUCAUUUAAUUUAUAUCUUCAUAUCUCAAUCAUUUGUAUUUAUGAAGGAUCCCCACACUUCCUGGGGUCCAGCAAAAUUAAGGCAGUUAUAAUUUCUUUUAAACAUUACAAUACAUUCACAGAUUUCACAACACACUGUGCCCUCAGUCCCCUACUCCACCACUACCACAUAUCUACAAUACAAAAUCCAUGUCUAUGCGUGUGUAUAGUGCGUAUGUUAUCGUGUGUAUGCAUGUGUCUCUGCCUAUGUUUGUGUUGCUUCACAGUCCUCGCUGUUAAAAAUGUAUACAUACAUUUUUUUAGAUCUAUCUUUACUGCUUGCAUCAGUUACUUAAUGUGGAAUAGAGUUCCAUGUAGUCAUGGCUCUAUGUAGUACUGUGUGCCUCCCAUAGUCUGUUCUGGAUUUGGGCAUUGUGAAGAGACCUCUUGUGGGGUAUGCAUGGAUGUCAGUAGUUUAAACAGACAGCUCGGUCAUGUCAAUACCUCUCACAAAUACAAGUAUUGAUGAAGUCAAUCACUCCUCUUUGAGCUAGGAUUGACAUGCAUAUUAUUGUUAGCUGUCUGUACAUCCAAGGGCCAGCCAUGCUGCCCUGUCCUGAGCCAAUUGCAAUUUUCCUAAAUCCCUUUUUGUGGCACCUGACCACAUGACUGAACAGUAGUCCAGGUGCGACAACUAGGGCCUGUAGGACCUGCCUUGUUGAUAGUGCUGUUAAGAAGGUAGAUCAGCGCUUUAUUAUGGACAGACUUCUCCCAAUCUUUUUAACUUUUUAACAAAGUGUGGAAAAAGUAAAGGGGUCUGAAUACUUUCCGAAGGCACUGUGUGUGUGUGUGUGUGUGUGUGUGUGUGUGUGUGUGUGUGUUUGUAUGUAUGUAUGUGUACAGUACCAGUCAAGUUUGGACAACUACUCAUUUGAGGGUUUUCUUUAUUUUUACUAUUUUCUACAUUGUAGAAUAAUAGUAAAGACAUCGAAACUAUGCAAUAACACAUAUGGAAUCAUGUAGUAACCAAAGAAAUGCUAAACAAAUCAAAAUAUAUUUGAUAUCAAAGUAGCCACCCUUUUGCCUUGAUGACAGCUUUGCACACUCAACUAGUUUCAUGAGGUAGUCACCUGGAAUGCAUUUAAAUUAACAGGUGUGCCUUGGAAGUUAAUUUGUGGAAUUUCUUUCCUUAAUGCGUUUGAGCCAAUCAGUUGUGUUGUGAAAAGGUAGGGGUGGUAUACAGAAGAUUAGCCCUAUUUGGUAAAAUACCAAGUCCAUAAUAUGGCAAGAACAGCUCAAAUAAGGAAAGAGAAACGACAGUCAAUCAUUAUUUUAAGAUGUAGGUCAGUAAAUCCGGAAAAUAUCAAGAACAUUGAAAGUUUCUUCAAAUGCAGUCGCAAAAACCAUCCAGCGCAAAAUGAAACUGGCUCUCAUGAGGACCACCACAGGAAAGGAAGACCCAGAGUUACCUCUGCUUUAGAGGAUAAGUUCAUUGGAGUUACCAGCCUGAAUAAAUACUUCACAGAGUUCAAGUAACAGACACAUCUCAACAUCAGCUGUUCAGAAGAGACUGCGUGAAUCAGGCCUUCAUGGUCGAAUUGCUGCAAAGAAGCCUCUGCUAAAGGACACAUAAGAAGAAGAGACUUGCUUAGGCCAAGAAACACGAGCAUUGGUCAUUAGACCGGUGGAAAUCUGUCCUUUUGUUCAAAUGUGAGAUUUUUGGUUCCAACCGCCGUGUCUUUGUGAGAUGCAGAGUAAGUGAAUGGAUGAUCUCCGCAUGUGUGGUUCCCACCGUGAAGCAUGGAGCAGGAAGUGUGAUUGUGUAGGGGUGCUUUUGCUGGUGACCCUGUUGGUAAUUUCUUUAGAAUUCAAGGCACACUUAACCAUCAUGGCUUCUGCAGCGAUAUGCCAUCCCAUCUGGUUUGGGCUUAGCGGGACUCAUUUGUUUUUCUACAGGACAAUGACCCAACACACCUUUUAUUUUUAUUUAUUUAUUUUUAAAAUAUUAUUUUUUUUUUUAUUUUUUUGGGUUGAGGUGUCAUUUAGCAGACGCUCUUAUCCAGAGCGACUUACAUGAGCAAUUAGGGUUAAGUGCCUUGCUUAAGGGCACAUCGACAGAUUAUUCACCUAGUCGGCUCGGGGAUUAGAACCAGCGACCUUUCGGUUACUGGCACAACGCUCUUACCCACUAAGCUACCUGCCGCCCCGGCUGUGUAAGGCCUAUUUGACCAAGAAGGAGAGUGAUGGAGUGCUGCAUCAGAUGUCCUGGCCUCCACAAUCCCCCGACCUCAACCCAAGUGAGAUGGUUUGGGAUGUGUUGGACGGCAGAGUGAAGGAAAAGCAGCCAACAAGUGCUCAGCAUGUGUGAACUCCUUCAAGACUGUUGGAAAUGCAUUCCAGGUGGAGCUGGUUGAGAGAAUGCCAAGAGUGUGCAAAGCUGUCAUCAAGGCAAAGGGUGGCUACUUUGAAGAGUAUAAAAUGUAUUUUGAUUUUAACACUUUUUUGGUUACUACAUGAUUACAUGUGUGUUAUUUCAUAGUUUUGAUGUCUUCACUGUCAUUCUACAAUGUAGGAAAUAGUAAAAAUAAAGAAAAACCCUUGAAUGAGUAGGUGUGUCCAGACUUUUGAUUGGUGCUGUAUAUACAAAUGCUAAUCCUUUAUUCAUUGUGUUGAGUGGACUUGUAGUUACACACGUACGUCCUCUCUCCAUCUCUUGACCAGUUGUUAAUGGUCCACAAGCAUUCUGUCAACAAAGCUAGUGAAACGGCUUAAUGGAAAAUAGUAAUUAGUAAAUGUUUUCUUUCUCAAUGUCAAAUUGGUGAAAAAUCUAUAUAAUUACCUUUGCCUUUUAAUAUUAUUAUUAUAAUAAAUAAUCAUAUAAAUAACAAUUAAAAUACAUUUUAGUUUAGAACAGUACCAAUGUAACACAAGCUGUUUCCAUUUUUAGUAGCUCUCUUAAUGCAUAUACAUAUUUGUAUUGCACUAAUAAAUCCUGCGCUUUGACUAAAGGACCAACAUGUCAGGUCCUUGUUUUCCCCCCCUCUAUGUACUGUUUGUUGAUUGAGAACUAAGGCAAAGAUGGCACAAAAAAAUCCUUUGGAUCAUUUAGCUUUCUUCACAAAUUCUUCUUCGCAAUUAUAACAAUGACUUGUCCCCAACAUCUCUAAUCUAUACCGUCAUUGUUGACAAUGGACAAAAUGGCACGAAAACAGCCUUGCAUGACAUCGAGUCAAACAAAAUGUAUUAGGGACAUUGUGUUGGUGUCGCAUGCCUUCAAGCAGUACAUUGACAGUGUUUAAACACCAAUUAGUUUUAAUUUUAUUUUUACUAUUGGUGAAAACUGAGCCCGUUUUCUACGGGGUCUCUGCUUUUCGCAGCCACUAGAUAGAUGUAGAAGAAGCGAGUGUUUUCUGGUGGAAAAUGUCAAUACUAAUCAUAGCAAUGGAACACCCUGGAUAAAAUGUGUUUAACUCUUAUUUAGCGAGGGACACGUUCAACAUGACGAUUGGUAAAUAGUGUUCCUAGAGGUUAUGGAAAUGCCUCUUGACAGUAUUUUUGUGAAUCUGAAUAGUUUACAGUUGGUUAAUCAAUGACUCCAUGCUAGAGACCUUUCCGCAAGUAGCCAUCUUUAACAUUAAAAGUCAAAGUCAAAAUUGCAAAUAUAAAUGAUAAUUUAAAUGACUAGUUGCGAGAUUAAGUUAGGAUAAUUUGGGUGGUCUUUCUAUAAAAGUCGCUGGCCACACACCAAUACACGGAUUUGAAAGUUAACCAACCUAUCACAUAAAUAGCAGCCAACCAUUGUCACUGUUGAAAUCCUAUGGCGGGUCGUGAUUCGUUAUCUAACAGAAAGUUGUUUGUUCCCUUUUCCGUGAUUGAAGCCUCCCAAAAUUAACAUCCGCCAUUCCAAACUAAAGAUGGACGCUUUCAACAAAUUCGCAUCUAACCAACCAUGUAUAGGUUAUUCCAAGUUUCUGUGUGGCCUUUGAAUAGUGUUAAUUUAAACAGCGUUACACCCCAAACGUUUGCCCCCUGUUCUAUUGAUUUCAGCGUGAUCUCGAUGGAAGUGAUUAACCCACUUGAAACAAAAAACAACGUUUUUGAAGUGUUGCAAUCUGUCUUCUACAAAUUAUCUUUUAACCAGUGACGUACACAUUAUUCCCAGAAUCCGUGUGGUUUUUGAGCUGUUCGUUUUAACAGGACAUGCAACCUCAUAUCCCCCCUCUCACGCAAUUGAUUUCAACGUGAUAAUCGAUAGGAGUGAUGCACAAAGCAGUGUUGCAUUUCUCUUUCUGUAUUGGUGACCCCCCGUAUAAAAAUGCAACAUUCCAAAAUGUAGCAAACUGUUCUGCAGGUUGUCCUUUAACUCAGAUGCAGUUGCCCAUGGCGGCAUCAACUUUAUCCACUCCUCAUAACAUUCCACUGUCUGACUACAUAUUUUGUUGUUGGUCAAGGCACUUCCGGAUUAUCAUUUGGUUCAUUUGCUGCCAAAACAACAGCACCCUCAGCUUUUGGCUUUGCCAUGACCACCACCAGUGCCUCAUCAGGAUUUGGUAGUAAGUUCAUACCUCUGCUCAUUUUCAAGGCACAGCUGCUUCCCCAUUCCCCAAAACGCAUUCUCAUCACUCAGAAUAAGAGUAAUCUGCUAACUAGCUAGGCUACUUGCUUGAAAAUGUAGACUGGUGUAGAGGUUUCUCAAAUAAUCCCAGGCUGAGUAAACAGUAGCUCAACCAAGUUCAGCACAGUCCAUAGGAGCAAUAUAAUACUUAUGCUGCAAUUUCCUAAACCUAUGCUGAAUAAAGGAGGGUGCUUUAUCCAACAAAGAUCUACUUUUGUAGUCUAGCUAUUAAUGACCUUUAUGAUUGCAAAUAAAGCAGAUCACUCUGCCAGCACCCCACAAAAGACUUGAUGAUAAAACGGUAACAGGACCUUGAGAAAUGUGGUGGAGCAUGAUAAAUAAUUUCCCUCCUUAUCUAGUUGGCAAGAAUGAUGAGACAAGGUUCACUGGCAGUAUUCUAAAACCACUGUUUAGGCCCUGGGGACUGUCUUGUGUCUUGAUUGGGGCUCUGUGAAAUACAUGGGUGGCGAAAGGGAAUAGAAUUCUGGCAAAGCAAAGGAAGACUUAAAAUGUUCUGACUCAACAGCAGUAAACACAUUGCAAUGGCCCUGGCUCUGGCCCCACAGACCUUCACUGAUUCAUGUAGGUGAAGGGGCAUUUUAAACUGCUCUUUCUCCUCUCCCUGGUGAGUUUGUUGUGGUUCUUCUUCCCAAUUUGUAAAGACAUAAAGCAUUGUCUUCCUGGGUACAGCAGGUCUUGCAGCCCCUGGUUUCGGGACCACCACCACUGCUGCGGCACCCGCUGGCUUCGGCGGCUUCGGCACCACCACCACAGGUAAGAUUGGGACACUCACUAUCCACUACAUCAGUGUUUGACACAGUUACGCCGACUAGGCUAACUAACCAGCCAACUAGCCUUGUCCCAGAUCUGUUUGUGCUCUUGCGUACUCCGUUGUCAUUGACAAGCCAAAUAUGGCAUGAUGAUGUUUGGCAUGACAAUUCCAUAAAGAGUUUAGUCUUUUUAGACAAACUGGUUGCCUCCCACAGUAUACAAAUGUUCCAGCUUAACAUGUCUGUACAUGUACAAUGUCAGUUUGGCAUAGAGGAAAGGUCAGAGUUGGGACAUUCAGCUUUCUUAACGUCACUGCUUUAUCUGCUUGUUGCCCUAGCGUAAACAUCUCCCGGACACAAAAUAGUAGCUAGCAAGAUGGAGAUCACGGAGGUUAUUUUUAAUGCAUUUUACUAGUUUGCGUCAACUACCUUCACUGAAACAACUGCAUAGGUUUUGCCUGCAAACUUUGGUUUCGAAUUGCGACAUUCUGGCAUAUCUGCCUAUGGUACGUUUUUCAUGAGCUCAAUUCCUGCCUACAUUUUAAGCCCAGUCUACCCAAACUCGUGAUUUGUUGGGAGAGUUGUCUGUUUUUGAAGAGAACCCACCCAGGGAAUUUUUCUGUUUUCGUUUUCGACGUUGCCAAGAGAAUACGUAAUGUUUCACAGACCUAGUGCUGUUGCUGCCCUUGGUCUGGGAUUUCUGAGACUAUAAGGAGUUGGCAAGAGAGUAGAAACAGACUGGCACCCAGUCUACCAGUCAACCACAUAAGUGUGUGAAAUGUGGUUACUACUAAAUAACCAGCCAACUACACCAGUGUAUUCAACAUACUACUAGUAGCCUACUAAGUAACUGACUGACUAACCGAGCAGGGAGUUGAGGUUUGCGGCUGUUAAUUAGUUUCAGUUGCAUCUCCUAGGCUUAGUAAUUCCUUCAACUGAAAACAUCACUGUUGGGGCUCGUCUAUUAUGAAGCUACCGGGCAUUCUCUUGUACAUACAAUGUGUUUUAAGCUUUAUCCCACUGUGGUACUGUCGCUGUGCUCUUCUCUACACUAACCCUCCUCUGCACCCCUCUCUCUCUCUCUCGCUGCCUGCCUGCUGGCUGCAGGAUUUGGGGGGCUGGGAGCCGGGAGCACCACGUCUGGUGGGUUUAGUUCUGGGGGGUUUGGAUUAAAUGCAGCAGCUCCCAACGCGGCUGCAGUCAGCUUUAAUGUUGGGGGCUUUGGUGCAGCUACCACAGCAGCCACUGUGUUCAAUUUUGGUAAUAGCCUGGCUAGCGCAGGUAGAUGCCUUUCUAAAAUUAAUCAGUCAAUCCGUCCAGUAUGUCCACAGCACACAUUUGUCCUCUCCAUUUCUCCCAACACGAUUGUCUUAUUUUGGUGUGGUGUUUUUGUAUAUCUCCAUCUCACCCUAUGCAUAUGUUAAAUGAUCAUCUAAAGAUGUUAAUCUUCAGAUGUUUUGCAUGUUGCCUGUUUUGGAUACAUCCGCUAUCCACUACAACAGCCUUUGUCAGCACAGUCCCUGUGUCAAACUGGUGGGGCCUAAUUAUGGAGUUGGGAAAGGCUGUGCUUGAUUAUGUUUUGUGGAAUAUAUUAUGUGUUUCUUUCUUAUCACAUUUGCCUGAAUCUGUUAGGCCACUGUUUGCCUGGCAGACACAUGACAUGUUCUGUGUUAUUUAUCCGGAGUAUUUAUCCUCUCCACUCUGAAAAAGCAUUAGGGACCCUCUCCCAUAGAGAAAUCGAUUGAUCUCUAUGCCCUCUCAUCUUCCUUUCCAUUAUCCAUCCAUCCAUGCUUUGUUACCUCUCUGAUGGUGUGGUUUGUGUUGCUCAGGUGCUUUUGGGGGUUUUGGGACAACCACUACAUCCGCUGCUGCGCCUGGGUCCACUUUCAGCUUCGCCGCUCCUGCAAGCACAACAGGUCAGGACUAUGGAACUCGCCUGAUGCCUGGCCCUGGGCUGGGGUUGGGCUGGGUACAGACGGAGAGAGCCAGGGCAGGAACUGCCUUGUCCCACUCUGCUUGCUCUUCUGCUAUUCUGCAUGGCAACUACUAGAUGGUGCAUUCUACCAUAACAUUUUAUCUCGUCGCCAUAGCCUCUCCCGAUACUAGCAUUCCAUUCUCAAAUUACCAACACACUAUAACCCUAACCUAAGAUUCUUACUAAGCCUCUCCAAAAUACUCAGCAAAUCCUUAUAUUUUCCAUUUAAUGAUUUUAUUGAUAUUCUUUCUGCUUCCAGGAGGACUGUUUGGUAAUACCCAGAAUAAGGGAUUUGGGUUCUCCUCUGGGCUGGGCACUGGUACUACCACUGCAGCUGGGUUUGGAACAGGUCUGGGGACAACUCUAGGAGGUGGAUUUGGUGGCUUCAAUAUCCAGCCACAGCAGCAACAGCAAGGUAAGAGGUCGUGUACAUAAAUAGUUGUAGUUCCUCUGGCUAAGAGCAGGGGUGAAUCUCAAAAGUCCUUCCUCAAUUCCUAUGGUCCUCUCCUCGCCUCCUUAACCUUAGAGGGAACAGAAGAUCCAAUGAUUUGAGACUGAGACGAGGAGAGAGAACGCAAGGAGGAAUCAAGGAAAGAUUAUUGCGAUUGACCCCUGGUGUAUGCAAACCAAACAAGUUAUGUUUUGUUAGGAUAGCUAAGUUUUCUUUUGUCUUGCGCUAUGUAGGAAGCUUUUUUGGGCAGCAGGCCCAAGCCCCGGCCCAGUCUAAUCAGCUCGUCCACACAGCUAACGCCCUGUCUGCCCCCACCCUGCUGGGGGACGAGAGAGAUGCCAUCCUGGCCAAGUGGAAUCAGCUCCAGGCCUUCUGGGGAACAGGCAAGGGCUACUUCAACAACCAACUGCCCCCUGUAGACUUCACACAGGAGAACCCUUUCUGCAGGUUCAAGGUAAUGCCUCGUAUGACCAUUUUGCAGGCAUAUUUUGACAUAUUAAGUGUUUUGUAUUAUGUUAAUAAAGCAAAUUGCUGUUUAAUCUUGAAAACUAGUUAUCACAUGUUAACCAGGUUCUGUGUACUAUUCCUUUGUUCUUACGGUCUUCAGGUAACUGCAGUGGUGCAGACCAAUCUUUCGGAGUUCAAUUAACUGUCACAAAUAGGCCUGCUAAAGAGAGACCAGCAAAGUUCUGUCUAGAGAAUACAAAGGACAUAAAGUGCUAGUUUAUCAUAUCUGUGUGUCUUCCAGGCGGUGGGCUACAGCUGUAUCCCAGGCAGUAAGGAUGAGGAUGGUCUGGUUGUCCUGGCCCUCAAUAAGAAGGAGGCUGAUGUCCGUAGCCAACAGCAGCAGCUGGUUGAGUCUCUACACAAGGUGCUGGGAGGGAACCAGACUCUCACCGUCAAUGUAGAGGGAGUCAAAGCCCUGCCUGAUGACCAGUGAGUAGUAGUAGACACUACCAGACAGUCUAUGGGUACACAACAGAGAAUGUACAGUAUGUACAAUGGUUAAAUCUAUCAUGUUGACCUCAUGAACUGUCAGUCCUUGCAUCCAUUGCUCAAUCUAUGAACCUAUUGACAGUGGUUACAUUUCUCCAACCCCAUUACUCACUUUUAUAGCAAACCAAGUGGCAGGGUUGCCAUUUUCUUGUUUUUCAAAUUAGUGCGCAUUUAGAAGCCCUCUGUAAGUUUGUCUGUGUAAGACUGAAUACCUGUCUUUGUCUCUUUCUAGGACGGAGGUGGUGAUCUAUGUGGUGGAGCGUUCUCCUAACGGCACAUCUAAGAGGAUCCCAGCUACAACACUGUACAGCUAUGUAGAGCAGGCUAACACCAAGGCCCAGCUCACACAGCUAGCAGUUUUCAUGUCUGUUACACGCACUGAGCUCUCACCAGCACAGCUCAAACAGCUGCUGGCGAAUGCACCAGCAGGUAUGUUUGAUUGUGUGUGUCCUCCCCAUACUCUCUGCUCUCAGCUCCAUCACAACUAAGUUAAUUGAGUCGUUUUGUUGAGAGCAUGGUCGUGUUCCCCGGCUCAGAUAUUGCUGACGCAUGCCAGAUUGUACAAUGCCUGAAUACGUAUUUUCCGUAUCAGCUAACCACAUGUUAUAGCAAUCUAGAGCCCGACGGCACAGUCGACGAUCUGACACGCGACCAUUGGUUGACGCAUGCAACGUCUGAGCAGGGGAACAAGACCCAUGUCUUUUAGAUGUCCAACCAGAUGUCUAUUGUACAACAGCUGUGGCUUCAUGGAUUUCAGUUUGGUUUCAUUUAAUAGUUUAUUGAAACACCAGCAUAUGGACUAUUUGGUCCACAUGUAGCACUAAGAAUGUAACUGUUGUAUAUGACUCAUUUUUGUUACUUGUUUUCAGGUGUGGAUCCCAUCAUUUGGGAACAGGCAAAAGUAGAUAACCCUGAUGCUGACAAGUAAGUUGUUCAAUGUGAAUCAAGGUUCUUAAGAGCUUGUAAUCAUUACCUCUUCUGAGCUAGACGAUAAUUUUGAAACUGUAUAUGGAACUGAUGAUAUUCGUAAUCCUACAGGUUGAUCCCCGUCCCCAUGGUUGGUUUCAAAGAACUGCUCCGCAGACUGAAAAUUCAGGACCAGAUGACCAAACAGCACCAGUCCAGAGUAGACGUGAGUCCUGCCUCUACAAUUGCCCUGCUUACCCGUACACAUAUGCGGCCUGCUUCUAAAAGUGUUAUAAAAGAGGGUAGAUGGAUAUGGAAUUUGAAGGACCAUAACAUGAAUAAAGAAACCUUAGGUUGCUGGUUCUUAUCCAGCUUGAAGGACCGUGCAAAGGAGACUGGUAGACUGAUCUGGCUACUAAGACCAAUCCAGGAGGGGAGCUGUGUGAUGCUGGCCUUCAUUACACCUUUACUGUACUGCCUCACACUUCUCAGUAGCCUCCUUUAUGCUAUUGGAGGGUUCCUCCAAUUUAGUUAUGUACAUGUUUCCUGUGGUCUUUCACCAGAUCAUCUCCAAUGACAUCAGUGAAUUGCAGAAGAACCAGGCAACAACAGUGGCUAAGAUCGCUCAAUACAAGAGGAAGCUGAUGGAUCUCUCUCACAGAGUACUACAGGUACGUGACAUACAUAAUAAUGAAGUCAAGUCAUCUGGCUGUUGUUAGUUGGUACAGCGGUAUGCGUGUGUGAACAUGCCAACAGAAUAUCAUGAAGUAAACCUUUAUCUUGAUAAAAUGAACUAUUUAGCUAUGUGUGUGUGUAUAAUAGGGCUGACGCCAAUUAGUCGAUUGUUUGGUCGUUAGGCUGUUGGUCGACCAAGAUUUGUUUUAGUCGAGCAGUUAUAUACAGUGUGUGUGUGUGUGUGUAUACACUGCUCAAAAAAAUAAAGGGAACACUAAAAUAACACAUCCUAGAUCUGAAUGAAUGAAAUAAUCUUAUUAAACUUUUUUCUUUACAUAGUUGAAUGUGCUGACAACAAAAUCACACAAAAAUUAUCAAUGGAAAUCAAAUUUAUCAACCCAUGGAGGUCUGGAUUUGGAGUCACCCUCAAAAUUAAAGUGGAAAACCACACUACAGGCUGAUCCAACUUUGAUGUAAUGUCCUUAAAACAAGUCAAAAUGAGGCUCAGUAGUGUGUGUGGCCUCAACAUGCCUGUAUGACCUCCCUACAACGCCUGGGCAUGCUCCUGAUGAGGUGGCGGAUGGUCUCCUGAGGGAUCUCCUCCCAGACCUGGACUAAAGCAUCCAACUCCUGGACAGUCUGUGGUGCAACGUGGCGUUGGUGGAUGGAGCGAGACAUGAUGUCCCAGAUGUGCUCAAUUGGAUUCAGGUCUGGGGAACGGGCGGGCCAGUCCAUAGCAUCAAUGCCUUCCUCUUGCAGGAACUGCUGACACACUCCAGCCACAUGAGGUCUAGCAUUGUCUUGCAUUAGGAGGAACCCAGGGCCAACCGCACCAGCAUAUGGUCUCACAAGGGGUCUGAGAAUCUCAUCUCGGUACCUAAUGGCAGUCAGGCUACCUCUGGCGAGCACAUGGAGGGCUGUGCGGCCCCCCAAAGAAAUGCCACCCCACACCAUGACUGACCCGCGCCAAACCGGUCAUGCUGGAGGAUGUUGCAGGCAGCAGAACAUUCUCCACGGCGUCUCCAGACUGUUACGUCUGUCACGUGCUCAGUGUGAACCUGCUUUCAUCUGUGAAGAGCACAGGGCGCCAGUGGCGAAUUUGCCAAUCUUGUUGUUCUCUGGCAAAUGCCAAACGUCCUGCACGGUGUUGGGCUGAAAGCACAACCCCCACCUGUGGACGUCGGGCCCUCAUACCACCCUCAUGGAGUCUGUUUCUGACCGUUUGAGCAGACACAUGCACAUUUGUGGCCUGCUGGAGGUCAUUUUGCAGGACUCUGGCAGUGCUCCUCCUGCUCCUCCUUGCACAAAGGCGGAGGUAGCGGUCCUGCUGCUGGGUUGUUGCCCUCCUACGGCCUCCUCCACGUCUCCUGAUGUACUGGCCUGUCUCCAGGUAGCGCCUCCAUGCUCUGGACACUACGCUGACAGACACGGCAAACCUUCUUGCCACAGCUCGCAUUGAUGUGCCAUCCUGGAUGAGCUGCACUACCUGAGCCACUUGUGUGGGUUGUAGACUCUGUCUCAUGCUACCACUAGAGUGAAAGCACCGCCAGCAUUCAAAAGUGACCAAAACAUCAGCCAGGAAGCAUAGGAACUGAGAAGUGGUCUGUGGUCACCACCUGCAAAACCAGUCCUUUAUUGGGGGUGUCUUGCUAAUUGCCUAUAAUUUCCACCUGUUGUCUAUUCCAUUUGCACAACAGCAUGUGAAAUGUAUUGUCAAUCAGUGUUGCUUCCUAAGUGGACAGUUUGAUUUCACAGAAGUGUGAUUGACUUGGAGUUACAUUGUGUUGUUUAAGUGUUCCCUUUAUUUUUUUGAGCAGUGUAUGUAUAUAUAUGUGUGUGUGUGUAUAUGUAUAUGUGUAUGUAUAUAUAUAUAUAUAUACACACACACACACAGUGAGGGGGAAAAAGUAUUUGAUCCCCUGCUGAUUUUGUACGUUUGCCCACUGACAAAGACAUGAUCAGUCUAUAAUUUUAAUGGUAGGUUUAUUUGAACAGUGAGAGACAGAAUAACAACAAAAAAAUCCAGAAAAACGCAUGUCAAAAAUGUUAUGAAUUGAUUUGCAUUUUAAUGAGGGAAAUAAGUAUUUGACCCCUCUGCAAAACAUGACUUAGUACUUGGUGGCAAAACCAUUGUUGGCAAUCACAGAGGUCAGACGUUUCUUGUAGUUGGCCACCAGGUUUGCACACAUCUCAGGAGGGAUUUUGUUCCAAUCCUCUUUGCAGAUCUUCUCCAAGUCAUUAAGGUUUCGAGGCUGACGUUUGGCAACUCGAACCUUCAGCUCCCUCCACAGAUUUUCUAUGUGAUUAAGGUCUGGAGACAGGCUAGGCCACUCCAAGACCUUAAUGUGCUUCUUCUUGAGCCACUCCUUUGUUGCCUUGGCCGUGUGUUUUGGGUCAUUGUCAUGCUGGAAUACCCAUCCACGACCCAUUUUCAAUGCCCUGGCUGAGGGAAGGAGGUUCUCACCCAAGAUUUGACAGUAGAUGGCCCUGUCUAUCGUCCCUUUAAUGCGGUGAAGUUGUCCUGUCCCCUUAGCAGAAAAACACCCCCAAAGCAUAAUGUUUCCACCUCCACGUUUGACGGUGGGGAUGGUGGUGUUGGGGUCAUAGGCAGCAUUCCUCCUCCUCCAAACACGGCGAGUUGAGUUGAUGCCAAAGAGCUCGAUUUUGGUCUCAUCUGACCACAACUCUUUCACCCAGUUCUCCUCUGAAUCAUUCAGAUGUUCAUUGGCAAACUUCAGACGGCCCUGUAUAUGUGCUUUCUUGAGCAGGGGAACCUUGCGGGCGCUGCAGGAUUUCAGUCCUUCACGGCGUAGUGUGUUACCAAUUGUUUUCUUGGUGACUAUGGUCCCAGCUGCCUUGAGAUCAUUGACAAGAUCCUCCCGUGUAGUUCUGGGAUGAUUCCUCACCAUUCUCAUGAUCAUUGCAACUCCACGAGGUGAGGUCUUGCAUGGAGCCUCAGGCUGAGGGAGACUGACAGGUCUUUUGUGUUUCUUCUAUUUGCGAAUAAUUGCACCAACUGUUGUCACUUUCUCACCAAGCUGCUUGGUGAUGGUCUUGUAGCCCAUUCCAUCCUUGUGUAGGUCUACAAUCUUGUCCCUGACAUCCUUGGAGAGGUCUUUGGUCUUGGCCAUGGUGGAAAGUUUGGAAUCUGAUUGAUUGAUUGCUUCUGUGGACAGGUGUCUUUUAUACAGGUAACAAGCUGAGAUUAGGAGCACUCCCUUUAAGAGUGUGCUCCUAAUCUCAGCUCGUUACCUGUAUAAAAGACACCUGGGAGCCAGAAAUCUUUCUGAUUCAGAUGGGGUCAAAUACUUAUGUCCCUCAUUUAAAAUGCAAAUCAAUUUAUUAAAAUGUUUGUGUUUUUCUGGAUUUUUUUGUUUUUAUUCGGUUUCUCACUGUUCAAAUAAACCUACCAUUAAAAUUAUAGACUGAUCAUUUCUUUGUCAGUGGGCAAACGUACAAAAUCAGCAGGGGAUCAAAUACUUUUUUCCCCUCACUGUGUAUAUAUAUAUAUAUAUAUGAGAGAGUGAUCUAGAUAUAGAUAUAUAGAUGCGCCCAACACAGUGAACUAAUCCAUUGUGGAGGCCUCGACUAAAAGCCUUUUUAAUCAAUUUAUGCUUGAUUCGAAAAUGUGGUCGGAGGCUCCAUAUGGAGGGUGUGACGCAAUUGCGGAGCCUCCAGAGGCAUGCAGAGGCCAAAUUGUGCUCUGUACCGCAUCGCCAUGCGCCUCCCAAAUUUUGUAACAAUGCAGAGAGCUCUGUAUAGCUCCGCAUUGACAUGAUUGGUUGACGGUCGGUGGGGGCGGUACAUCCUGUAUGAACACAAACUCACUUCCUUGACAACAGCUCUGCACUGCUCCGCAAAGUGCAAGAAGUAUGAAUGCCCUGACUUCUGCUGAGGCCAUUCUUGCCCUGACCUCUACUGAGGCCAUAUCACUGUAAAUGCUGCAUGGCCAAUGCAGACGUCAGAUUGACCAUGCGCCCAGAUGCACAAUGCACUUCUCUCUCAAGAAUGCGCUCUCUACCGCCAAUUUGUGCACAUUCAUUGUUUCAUAACUUCAUUGUGCGAAUUGUUUGGGUUUAUAAUAUAAUAUGCCAUUUAGCAGACGCUUUUAUCCAAAGCGUAUAUCAAUUCACCAUUACAUAUAUCACCAGUAGUACAUUUACCGUUAAUUUCUAAUCUACAAUGGUUGUUACUUUGGUUACGGUCAUUUCUUUUAAUGCAUUCAAUAUUAUUAUUCCAGUUUUCCUGUUCUCAUUGUUGGAGUGGACACAUUGUUUGCGGAGUGCACAACCUAUGCUACACUUGUGAGAAAUAAGUUUUGGUUUAUUGAAUCUGUCUUUUGUUUGGAGCACUCUUGUCAAUGUUGAGUAAGGACGCGCACGCAUAGAAGUAUGUAGGCAUAUAAAUGUGCCCAUUUGGGGAUCUGAUAGUAUUUCUGAUUGGCUUAACGCACCACCACUAAUAGAAUUUCUCUAAGUAAUGUUUUCUUCACCUCAAAAUACCAAGCAAACUAAGUCUGUUUUUACAUCCAUUGGGAAUUGCAAUAGUCCCUCAAUGUAUUGGAAAAAUCUUUCUAACUCCUUCCCUUUCGAUAACCACUCGGCGUGAAAGGGAAAAAUGUAAUGCUCUGAUCCAGUGGAAACCUCAUAAAAUAGGCUUCUUAUCAGUGCUUGACUUGGACUGAAAUAGGUUCCGGUACUCAUUUUGGGUGCUGGUACUGUUUUAUAUUUAGGUGCAGGAGCUCCUCAAUACUUUUGAGCUAAUAUUCUAUGAGAGGAACAGGAGCUCAAGCAGUAGAAUAUUUGAGGUGCCGGUACUCCGCUAAGGUGAGGUCCUGCCCAAGUCAAGCACUGCUUCUUAUCCCUUGUGCAAAUAGCCUACAGCUGUGUCUGUCCCGAGCUCACUGGCGUGGGAAACUCCCUCAGGACAGCGGAGUCACUGACCACCUUCCGGAGACACUUGAAACCCUACCUCUUUAAGGAAUACCUGGGAUAGUAUAAAAGUAAUCCUUCUACCCCACCCCCACAAAAAAAAGUGUGUGUGUAUAUAUAUAUAUAUAUAUAUAUAUAUAUAUAUAUAUAUAUAUAUAUAUAUAUAUAUAUAUAUAUAUAUAUAUACAUACAUAUAGGCUGCAAUGUUUUUAUUUGUUGUCAAUAGAAGUUACUUUUUAGGUCUGUAUCACUUUCAUUUAGAUUUGGAUAGAAUUUUGAUUAACCACAUGAUUUUGAGAUGAAGACGUUAUUAUAAAUUAAAUUAAACUGUUUCACGAAAAUGUGCAUAUUAAAACCAUAACUGGCCCGUAGAGUGGUAAGAAAUUGGCAUUCCACAUGAGAAAGGUUGCCGACUCCUCUGGUAGCCUAUUACCGGCAACUUCAGGAGAGUAAUGGCAGAAUCUGCGAGAGCCAGCAGGAGCGGGAGGAGAAUAGUUGGGUCAGGUUAAGGUUUCUUUCUUCUGGUUAUCUAGAGCUCUGGCGCCCUCUUCAGGCAUCAAACCGUAAGCUUAAACCAUCAGACAAGGUCAAUGCACAUAGUUGAUUUUAUUAAACACAUGGGUGUGUCUAUAAUGGAAGAAUACAUGUUUAAACAUUUUGAGCAUUCGUUUGGUCGAAAGAACAGAUGACUUUCGGUCUACCAAUUUUUUGGGGGGUCGGGGACUGCUUUAGUGUAUAAACGGUAUGUGUGUGUAUAAUGUCUGUGUUUAGGUGCUGAUCAAGCAGGAGAUUCAGAGGAAGAGUGGCUAUGCCAUCCAGGUGGAUGAGGAGCACCUAAGAGUGCAGCUGGACACCAUCCAGUCUGAACUCAAUGCCCCCACGCAGUUCAAGGUAAGUUCACUUCAACAUCUGAUUAUUCCAUACAGAUGCUGGCACUCCGCCAUGCCCUACGUGACUAUACUAAAAGCAGACUUUUAACUGCCACUCUGGGCACCCCACAUAUUUACAUUUUGGUCAUUUAGCAGACGCGCUUAUCCAAAGCGACUUACAGGUGCAAUUAGGGUUAAGUGCCUUGCUCAAGGGCACAUUGACAUAUUUUUCACCUAGUGGCCCGAUGCUGGCCAGAUGCUCUUAACUGCUAGGCUACCUGUCACCUCUCACUGAUUCAGAUUUGAUGACCCUGCUCUUAUUGGAUGUACAGUAAUUUGAAGACCAUGUCUAUGAAAGUAACUUUAAAUGGUUAUUGCUCUAUUAGGGGCGUCUGAACGAGCUGAUGUCUCAGAUCCGGAUGCAGAACCACUUUGGCGCGGUGCGCUCAGAGGAACGAUAUAGUGUGGACGGAGACCUUCUCAGAGAGAUCAGACAGGUGAGACUUAAAAUUAUAUUCUAUGGGCGAGACAAACUACUGCAUGUAUAUGUAUAUGCAUAUUAUGGGAGUGUGAGUGUGUUCAGAAGUGCUUUGUCUGUCUGCUUACAGUAAUGUGUAGGUGUGUUGUCUGCCGUUAGUCCGUCAGUAGUGCUAACUGUCUAGUUUAUAUGUGUGGUUGGUCAGUAGUGCUAACUGUCUUUAGUUUAUAUAGGUGGUUGGUCAGUAGUGCUAACUGUCUUUAGUUUAUAUGGGUGGUUGGUCUGUAGUGCUAACUGUCUUUAGUUUAGUUUAUAUGUGUGGUUGGUCAGUAGUGGUAACUGGGUGUCUCUCUUCUCCUCUCCACAGCACCUGAAGCAGCAGCAGGAGGGUCUGAGUCAGCUGAUCAUUGUGAUCAAAGACGACGUGGAAGACAUCAAACUGAUAGAACAUGGCCUCCUGGACAGACUCGGCUGACCUCAAAGUGCCUCCCAGGCCCCACGUGGCCCUGAAUUCUCUCUCACUGCUGACAAACAUUAAAGGGACAUGCCUCUUCUUAGCAAGGCAUAUAUAUAUAUAUAU